UGACUGCAUACGAGCAUUAGUGCAAGGCAUGUACUUAUGUACUCAGUGGUGUCCGUUGUAUGCAAGUUUCAAUAUAUUGUAGUCCCUGGCAACGUAAAGAAAAUCUCUUAUCACUUUAGUAAUAGCAAACAGAUAUCGUGUUAUAAAUCAUGGUAGCAAGAAGCUUUCCGCGUUGGCUUUUCCGGAGCUGUGUGAUUUUAGGAUUGGGGUUGCUAUGCAGAAACGUAUGGUGCAGUCUUUGUCAUCGCGAAUACCAAUAUAUGAAAUUGAAUGAACGAGCGUAUCCUCAAGAAACUCCACUCAAAAUUACAACAACAAGUAGGUUAGAGUUCUGUUCGUUUGAGUGCACGCAUGUGUCUGGUUGUAGAUCACUUGCAUUCCUAACGACCACCAAUACAAACAAUUGCCAUCUCGGAAGCAGCAAGGAUGGUAUAGCAACAUCAACCGAGGCUGUUGUCUACAGACGAAGGACAAGCGGAAUGAUCGAGGGCUGUCAAUCAUCACCUUGUUUGAAUGGAGGGACAUGCGUGGAUCUCUGUGAAGAACCUUACCAUCUUUGUCAUUGUCCAGCUGAUAAACAGGGUCCUAACUGUGAACACGACAUCAACUGCUUCAAUUUAAACUGGUGGGACCAAUUCGAUCAUGCGGGAACGCAUACAUGCAGUGGCAAGACCUAUCUGGUUGGUUUAAAGAGAAGUGAUUGCGCUUCACUUAGUUGCAUCGAGGAACCCGUAUGCUGUCCUCUUCAGUUUGAAUACAGUACAUCAAGCAUGUCUUGUCAAAACGGAGAUUGGUGGAAUACAUUUGCGCAUGAUGCCUGGAACUGGUGUCCCGCGAACAUGGCUGUGCGAGGAUUUUACCGUGCUGGCGGCACUCAAGAUCUUGGCUAUAUUGAGGAAGGAGUGUGCUGCAAGCCUGAUGAUGCUGCUCAAUUAGGCGACUGUUAUUAUGAAGACAUAACCCUAACGUUUGACAACCCACAUUCAACAGUGCGCUGCCAGAAACAAUUUUAUUAUAUUCACGGGAUAAGAACAUCUGCUUGCCAAGAGAUAACAUGCAUUGAAGAGCUCCAAUGCUGCAGAUUCUUAUAGUCAUACAGGUUUUCACCAGCGACAGGAUCAGAAGCUGACGGUGGAACAUCCGGAAUUAUCUAUAAAUAAGCAACGACAAACUGAGUGAGAAAAAACCCCACAAUUUUUAUACAUAUAUGCAUGAACUAUUUACUCAGUUUUUUAAACUUAACCAGUUAUCCUUAUCCACCAACCAAUCUUAUUUGCAA